AUGCAUUGUAAAAUACAUUAUUAUAUUACUUUAUCUUUAAUGUAUAACCUUAUAUUUAUGUUUUGUUUGAUAGCAUUAACUGAAAGUCAAAAAGUACAUAAUGCAUCUCGAACUGACUUGAUGAAGUGUAAAUUAACGCAAUUGGGAAUGGAAUACAGAGGAGCCAUAGCUAAAACAGCUGGUGAUAUUCGAUGUCAAUACUGGUACACAGAUGAACCAAUUCACGAGGUUAGUAAAGAUAUAACUGACAAUGAUUUUCCUGAGAAAUCGAUGAAAAUUGCAAAAAAUUACUGCAGAAAUCCAACAAGAGAUAGCCGAGGUCCUUGGUGCUAUACCUUAGAACCAUCACUCAUAGAUGAUGAGUGUGAUAUACCUCUUUUACAUAAUGCAUCUCGAACUGACUUGAUGAAGUGUAAAUUAACGCAAUUGGGAAUGGAAUACAGAGGAGCCAUAGCUAAAACAGCUGGUGAUAUUCGAUGUCAAUACUGGUACACAGAUGAACCAAUUCACGAGGUUAGUAAAGAUAUAACUGACAAUGAUUUUCCUGAGAAAUCGAUGAAAAUUGCAAAAAAUUACUGCAGAAAUCCAACAAGAGAUAGCCGAGGUCCUUGGUGCUAUACCUUAGAACCAUCACUCAUAGAUGAUGAGUGUGAUAUACCUCUUUGUAAUUUUGGAGAGUGUAAGCUAUCUGGACCAGGGUCUGAAUAUGGAGGGAGUAAAGAAAUGACUACAUCAAGAAGUAAAUGCAAAUCGUGGCAUAAACGACAUCAGCUUGAAGGAUUAAAAAGUGAAAAAUACGAUGACAAAAACUUUCCUGACAGAUCACGAAGGAAGGCAGGAAACUUCUGCAGAAAUCCUUCGGGUGACGUUGGAGGACCAUGGUGUUAUGUUGAAGAAGAAAACCUCGAAUAUGUUCAAAAACAAUAUUGUGAUAUUCCAUUUUGCGAUGACAGAGGUUGCCUAUCAUUCACGAAAAACUCAUCUAGCUAUACUAUACUUACGAAAUUAUACCCAUCGAGUGGUAACAUUUCGUUUUGGAUGAAAUUGUGGAAUCCUGAUGAUGAAAAAAUGGGUGAGGUUAGGAUUUUACUUAGCCUUUUAUCGGUUCCUGUUUCCGCUAAGGUUAUGGCUGAAGAAUGGACUGCAGGAGUUGAAUUGUUGCUUGCAAAUUCUGGCAGUCGUCAAACGUUCCCAACAAUCGAUGAAGAAGAAAGCUUUGAAAAUACUCCUGAAAUUUUAGUCGGCGCAAAGUGGACAGGAAUAUGGAUAACAUGGGGUGGCGGUUUUAUUUCCCUCGGUGUCGAGGGAUCAUUCAAGCCUUUAGUUAUGCAGGAGUAUAAGAAGAAACUUGGGAUUACGAGUCUGUAUCCAGAAAGCUUUCUGUAUUAUGGACUUCGAGGAACGAACGUUUUGUGGAGUGGCACGUUAUGCGAAACUCACUGCGAGAUGCAUACGACAUUUGGAACCGAUUUCUCGAAAGUUUGGACUAUGCAGAGAAGCAACGAUACAAUAGAUAUUCGAGUUUUCGUUCGUGCGAGCCAAAAUAUUCAUAUACGUUUAUAUCAAACACCCUCAAGGGAAUAUCCUUCUGUAACGGUAACGAUAAACAAGGUGAUUACGACUCUUACGUAUCAAGAAUCCGAGGAAUCGUCUAAACAUUACUUAAAGGAGGUUCCAACCACAAAUCUGCUGGAUUUUUGGUCAUGGAGAGAGUUCAGCAUCAGCAUUUUUGGUGGACACUUUCGUCUAUUUUCACACAAACAUAGAGGCGCAAUCGAAUUAUUGUACAGGAAUGAGAACUUCUUUUCUACUCUGAGAUGGUUCAGUAUUGGAAGCGAAAAUACCAUAGCACAGUGGACGCUAUUUUGUUCGCCAGAAGAAUCAGAUGCUAUAGAGGAUCCUUGGCCACCAAAUUGUAUCUCUGAUAUAAGGGAUUUUCAAUAUAAAGGUACACAAUGGACAAGCAUUGACGAAAUACCAUGUGUUCCAUGGAUAUCAGCAAAAAUCCCAGCACAAGAGAAAAUUGACCAAAAAUUCAUUGAUGGAUCUGCUUUGAAAGCAAUGAAUAAAUGUAGAAAUCCUACUUAUGAUUCCAAUGGUGCCUAUUGUUAUGCCUAUACCCCAUGGAAAGAUGUAACUAUUUCGAAACGAUAUUGUUCGAUUCGAAAUUGUAGAUCGUCAGAUUGUCGAAUGGCCGGAACCGCAAAUGAUUACAUGGGAACACUUUCAAAGACUCGCUCAGGACGUAUUUGUAGGAAAUGGCCAAUUGGACUCGAAUCAGCAGUGACAUCUAUGCCCAUAAUGUCUAGGUCACUCAAAACGUCAACCGUAGCAGCUCCCCGUGUCGGUUCUACAGUCUUCCAGGAAUACUUCAAUGACACCCUUUACCCAGAGGGAAGUGCUAAGAACGCUAGUAAUUAUUGCAGAAAUCCUUCACGCAAUAUCGCUGGCGCUUGGUGUUACACAACAGACCCUUCAGUACCUAUGGAUCUUUGCAAUGUCAGAGAUUGUGAAAAACCAGACGAAUAUACUUUUCUAGUUAAAGGAGAUGGUGUGGGUAGACGUAUAUAUGUUUUACCUGAAUACCGUUCGGAAGGUUUACAUUUUUCCCUGAAAGCCUGGGAGCCGGAUAAUCCGGAUUCCGUCACGUUUGUCUUUCUAGCUGACGAUGGAUUAAAAUCGCGUUAUAUUCUUAAAAUAGGAUCCAUCAGUAACGAGAACGUUCUCCUUCUUUAUCAGUCAGAAACUGCAGCUGUCUCUCUCGUGAAAAAAAAAGUUUUACCGCACUUACUUUACGUGGGAAAAUGGAGUAGCUUCAUAAUUCGAAUACCUCGUGGACAAUUCUUGCUUUAUUACGAAGAUGAUCCUAAACCGUUGUUCGAAUGGACCCAUCCUGACCCUCCUAAUGCUUUCCUGCCCAUGUAUUACUAUUAUGGCACUGAACUGGGAAAGGCUGUUGGCUUUGCUUUUGAUCAUGACUCGAAUUGUCACAUAGAAAACACGAGAACUGAUCGAUACACUAGAAUUCUGUCGUUAUCAACGUGGAUUGACAAAGUAGUGGUACUUCCUGAAAAAGUGACUUUGCAGCUCCGAGGAAAAGGUGGAAUUCUUUUACCAUUGUAUUUGACACCUGCAAAUCCAGGAUAUUUUAUGCUUAAACUUAAUGAUCCGGAUCGUUGGAUAAUGUUCACAAGAAAUACAUAUCCUUCUGUGACAGUCUUCCAUAAACAAAAAGCACAAGUGCCUUUAUUUACAACAAAUUCGUGGACCAACAUCACAAUAAGGUGGUCUGGAAACAUCAUGAACAUCUACUCUAAUGCAACGAACGUGUUUCAUUAUCAACAUAUUAGUCCUCUUGUAUUCUAUUUCUUUUCUGUCGGCGUUGAUUCCGGCAAUUGGAUUACCUGGUCUGUGAAUUGUAUACCUACAGUCGAUGGGGGCUGGUCGGAAUGGGGACCAUGGGCAUGUAGCGCAAGUUGCAAUGGCGGUACCGGAACUCGAAAGCGUCGUUGUGAGUCUCCAAAACCUAACAUCAGAGGAGAACCAUGCGUGGGACCCAGUACGAUGACUGGACGAUGUAAUGAAAUUCUUUGCGGUGAUAUAACAGAAGAUACAGUAAAUUUAAUAAAUCGAAGGAUUCGAAUGAACUAUACAGCUUUUACUGUAAAGGAACAUAAUUCUAUCACAAUUAAAUCAGAUUCGGAUAUUGUUAAACUAAUUACCACGGAAUCACCUCGUUCCGAAUUACAAUGGUCCUUAAAUGGCGUCUUUAUAGAAGUAGAACCUGAGAGAUUAGAGCUGAAAGAUUAUAACAUCGAGAUAAUUAAAGCUGUCCUAAAUGAUUCUGGUGUCUAUGCAAUGACAUUGCGUCGAAUCGAUGGAACAUAUUCGAUCAUCAAAGUAAUUAGUUUAGCGGUGAUUCCAGCGAGGGAAAAUAUACAAAUAAGAGAGACACUGAGUACAACCAUACAAUGUCACUGUGCAAUUUUAGGACACAUUUAUUCAGAACUUCAGGUGUCCUGGCUACUACAUAACAAAAUAUGGAAAGAUUAUGGUCUUACGCUUCCCGUUGCUGCUGACAUCGAAUACAUUACAAAAAUUAAUAAAACACACAAUGGAAUGUGGCAAUGCAUUGUCAAACAAAACGAUUUGGGUUUUAAGUGGAUAACAAAUAUGAUUUAUUUUAAAGUUUUGGGACCACCAAAUUGGCGUACACACUUGAUGGAAGAUCAGGCAACGCGUUUCUUUUUUGGUUGGCUGCCAAAUGAAGAUUACGUUGGUAUCGUCGUAAUAGUCCUUUUUCUGGUUAUAGUUGCAGCUAUAAUUGGAGGAUCAUAUUAUUACAUAAGAUUUCGAGAAACCAUGAAAGGCGUACUUGAUCUAAGGAACGUACCUAGAAGUCCAAGAGGCUCCGAAUAUGAGCCAUUGACGGAUGAAGUGACAACUGAAGAUCCAGGAACCACCGAAGAUCAAGCCACCAGUGAAGACCAAGGGACUACAGAAGAUCAAGAAAGCACACCAGAGCUGCAGUCACGAAAGAUAGGAAACUUCGCCAACGAACUGUCACAUGGCAUCGCAUCUGAUCCGGAAGAAAAAACAUUACAUUCGCAUCAAUCGUUACAACAUCGAUCAGUGGCAGAGCAAUCCCUCAAAAACACGAAACCUGCCAAAUUCAUCGAGCUUCCGAGAGCAUGGAACGCGCGAGAAAACCUAAAUUGA